UUGGAUUGCAUUAGCGCCCGUCCGCGUGGGUUUUCCCGUCCGUAUCCGGCGAUCCCCGUUGGCUGUGGGCCGGCUGAAUGGGCGGGAAGGAUCAAUGGUGUGUAACGAUAAGAGGUUAUUCCCGGUCUGACAGCGCUGAUUGGGGUUGCACGGCAUGGGCUGUGCCAGGUUGAUGGAAGGGCUGGAAGGGGAGGUUUAUCUCCGGACGGGGUUACCAAGGUUGGAUUCGAUGUCGGAUUUGGUGAUGGAUGUUUGAAGGUAGUAGCGCCUAGUGAGGACGGGGUUAAUGGUGGAGGCGGUGACUGGUUUGGGGGAUUCAGCUGGGGAGAGGAGCGUUAGUUUGGGGAUGGGAGGUGGUUCGAGAAUGGGGGCUGUGGUGGGAGUCUGAGUGGUGCAUGUGGAUAUAAGAUGGAAGGGGCAGCUCUUGGAUGGCGAUGAUGGUCAGUAUCGAGAUUGAAAAAAACCCAUCUGGCGAGAAGUCACCAGCCACAAAACCUCAGCGUCAGCGUAGCAGAAGACGUGACUCAAGUCAGCGCAAACAUGCACGGCAAACCGACCCACCCCCUAAAGGCGGUCAUCCCCCCUUCUAUUCUGCCAGAAGCAGUCCUCCACCCAGACCACGAGCAAAUCGACCGCCAUGUCAUGACAUACCUCGUCAACACAUGGGAAUGGCCGUCGGAAAAACACAAACAGGCGUUCAUCAGUUGGAAGCUGAGCGAGGUCGUGCUGUUUAUGUUUCCCACGGGGGAGGCGGAGCGUGUGAAGCUCGCAUGUGAGCUUUUACUCUUAGGCUUCCUCAUGGAUGACUACUUUGACAAAAACACCCUCUCCACCAACGCCAGCAUCGUCUCCUCUCUUCACUCCCUUUUGACCUCCCCCGAGAUGACUGUUCCGGUGACAACAAUCGACAGCAUGCACGCGGGUUUGUUUGCCAAGUUCUUGACGUACCCCGACUCGUCGCCUAUACUUGAAGCGUAUUUGGCUAUGCUUGACUGCCACUGUGUUCCCUCACGCGGACCAUCCUCACUCUCUUCUCUAAAAGAAUAUCUUGUGUUUAGGGAGACUGACGUUGGGAUGCCGAUUUGUGUUGAGUUACUCUACUGGACAGACCCCGCUCUGGCAGGUAUUACGGCUGAUGAGAAAAGGAUGUUGAGACCGUUGGAAAAACUGGCGAAUUAUCACGUCAGUAUAUUGAAUGAUGUUUUUAGUUUUGAUAGAGAAUGGCAAGCGGCGGAGAUGAAUGGAGAGGAGGGAGGGGCGUUGGUGAAUGGGGUUGCGGUUUUGGCGGGGGAGGUGGGUAUUGGGGUUGAGGCGGCGAGGGGGUUGUGUGUUAGGCUUGUGAGGGCUUGGGAGGGGGAGUUUGUGAGGUUGAAGGGGGAGAUGCUGGUCGAGGGGAGGUUGCGGAGGGCAGUGGAGGGAAUUGAGAGGAGGAUGAGUGGUGCGGAGGCUUUUUCUUGGAGGACGGGGAGGUAUUUGUGA